UGCACAACAGAGACAAAACAACAGAGAAAAAUUAAAAAAGAAGAAAGAAAGAGAGAGAAAGUAGGUUCUGGUGUGUAAUUCUCGCAGAUUCUUUAGAUCCUAAUUUAGACCAAAAAUAAAAUUUAGAAAAGCAAAAGCACAAACAUACCGUUCUCUCUCUAGUUUCUUUUAUAUUUUUUCUCUGUUUCUCUGCUUUCUCUCUCUAGAAUUCUCUCUCUUCUUAUCUUCUUUUUCUUGGUAGGAGAAAGAAAAGAGCGUGUGCUUGUCUCUUUUUAGUUGAUGUAUAGAGAGAGCGCUAGGGUUUUUGUAAAAUCCAUUUCUGGAUCUUCGCUGAUCAAACCUCUUCUUCUACAUUUCUACUUGUUGAGGGGAUAAGCGUCCAGAUCUGAGGAAUUGAAGAUUUCUCUGCUUGUGGUGGUGGGUCUAUUUGAAAUCCUUUGAAUUAUAAAAGUCAGUUUGGUUGCUGGAUCAUUGAAACACCGAACUGUCCAACUUCAGCGUCAAAUUACUCUUGGGAUUUGAACAGUCUUGUCUCAUUUUGAGCCUACAAGAUGCAGAUGCAGAGGCCUCCUCCAGAGGAAUAUGUGUUGAAGGAGACCAAUCCUCAUCUUGGAGGAGGAAAGGUUACUGGUGACAAGCUUACUACCACCUAUGACCUCGUUGAGCAAAUGCAGUAUCUCUAUGUCCGGGUUGUUAAGGCCAAGGACUUGCCUGCGAAAGAUGUUACAGGUAGUUGUGACCCUUAUGUGGAAGUUAGGCUUGGAAACUAUAAGGGUACCACUCGGCAUUUUGAGAAGAAGACGAACCCAGAGUGGAAUCAGGUGUUUGCAUUCUCGAAGGAUCGAAUUCAGGCCUCCGUACUGGAGGUAACUGUCAAGGAUAAGGAUGUUGUGAAGGAUGAUUUCAUUGGGCGUGUUUUAUUUGAUUUGAAUGAGGUACCAAAACGUGUGCCACCGGACAGUCCGUUAGCACCACAAUGGUAUAGAUUGGAGGAUAGAAAAGGAGAUAAACUUAAGGGGGAAUUGAUGUUAGCAGUAUGGAUGGGUACACAGGCAGAUGAAGCUUUUCCAGAAGCCUGGCAUUCUGAUGCAGCUUCUGUCAGUGGAAUGGAUAGUCUUGCCAAUAUUCGGUCCAAGGUAUAUCUCUCCCCUAAACUCUGGUAUUUGAGGGUUAAUGUCAUUGAAGCUCAAGAUUUGCAACCAACUGAUAAAGGUCGGUAUCCAGAAGUGUUUGUGAAAGCUAUCCUGGGUAACCAAGCCUUGAGAACAAGAAUUUCUCCUAGCAAGACUAUUAAUCCUAUGUGGAAUGAGGACCUUAUGUUUGUGGCAGCAGAACCAUUUGAGGAGCCUUUGAUCUUGAGCGUGGAAGAUAGAGUUGCACCUAACAAGGAUGAAGUAUUGGGGAAAUGUGCGAUUCCUUUGCAAUAUGUGGACAGGAGGCUUGACCACCGACCUGUUAAUACCAGAUGGUUUAAUCUGGAGAAGCAUGUUAUUGUAGAAGGGGAAAAGAAGAAGGAAACUAAGUUUGCCAGCAGAAUUCACAUGAGAAUUUGUCUGGAGGGUGGUUAUCAUGUUCUGGACGAAUCAACACACUAUAGUAGCGAUCUUCGACCUACAGCCAAACAGCUGUGGAAGCCGAGUAUAGGGGUUCUUGAGGUAGGUAUUCUCAAUGCUCAGGGAUUGAUGCCUAUGAAGACAAAGGAUGGUCGUGGUACAACUGAUGCUUACUGUGUAGCCAAGUACGGGCAGAAAUGGGUUCGUACACGGACCAUUAUUGACAGUUUCAUACCCAAAUGGAAUGAGCAAUAUACUUGGGAGGUUUUUGAUCCUUGUACCGUCAUAACCAUUGGGGUUUUUGAUAAUUGUCAUUUGCAUGGAGGGGAGAAGUCUGCAGCAGCAAAAGAUGCUAGAAUUGGGAAGGUUCGAAUCCGCCUUUCAACACUUGAAACUGAUCGGGUGUACACGCACUCUUAUCCGCUCCUGGUUUUGCAUCCUAAUGGUGUCAAGAAGAUGGGAGAGAUUCAUUUGGCAGUUCGUUUUACAUGCUCAUCAUUGCUCAAUAUGAUGCACAUGUACUCACAACCCUUGCUUCCCAAGAUGCACUACCUUCAUCCACUUACAGUUAGCCAGCUUGACAGUCUGAGGCACCAGGCCACUCAGAUUGUAUCAAUGAGGCUAAGCCGUGCAGAGCCACCUCUGAGGAAGGAGGUUGUUGAAUACAUGUUAGAUGUGGGGUCUCACAUGUGGAGCAUGAGAAGAAGCAAAGCAAACUUUUUCAGAAUCAUGGGGGUUCUGAGUGGGUUAAUUGCAGUUGGCAAAUGGUUUGAUCAGAUAUGUAAUUGGAGAAACCCCAUCACUACAGUGCUGAUUCACAUACUAUUCAUCAUACUUGUGCUCUACCCGGAGCUUAUCUUACCUACAGUCUUCCUGUAUCUCUUCCUGAUUGGCGUUUGGUAUUAUAGAUGGAGGCCAAGGCAUCCUCCACACAUGGACACUCGUUUAUCACAUGCAGAGUCUGCACAUCCUGAUGAACUGGAUGAGGAAUUUGAUACAUUCCCAACUUCGAGGCCUUCUGAUAUUGUGAGGAUGAGGUAUGAUCGGUUGAGAAGUAUUGCUGGCAGAAUCCAGACUGUGGUUGGAGAUUUAGCCACUCAAGGGGAAAGGCUGCAAUCUUUGCUGAGCUGGCGAGACCCGAGAGCCACAGCACUGUUUGUUAUUUUCUGUUUGGUGGCUGCCAUUGUUCUUUAUGUUACUCCUUUCCAAGUUGUUGCACUUCUUACUGGUUUUUAUGUGUUGAGACAUCCCAGGUUUCGCCACAAGCUCCCAUCAGUCCCGCUCAAUUUCUUCAGACGGUUGCCAGCAAGAACUGAUUGCAUGUUGUGAGCAAAAAGUGAUUUAUCUGCAAUUCUGUUUAGCUUUAUAUUUGCCUUUUAUCAAGUCAGUGAACGAGAUGCAGAAAGUAAUGGAGCUUGUUUGCUUUCUAUGUUUACCAGCACAUGCUAGUUCUGGUAUGAUGUGUAACCUUCCUCUGAAGGUGGUAGAUUUUGUGGAUUUUCAGGUUACUUUUUUUUAAGUUAUUUAAUAGAAUUUCUGUUUUAAGCUUUGAGUUUUAUGGUAAUCAAUUCUGUGUUCAUUUGUAAUUUUGUAGGUUUUGAUUGGAAAUUUAACCUUUGGUGAUCCUUCCCUAUGCUUGUCCUACUGUAUUGGAUAUAUUACCUAGUGAGAUUUCUGGUCUCAACAUUCUCAUCA